CAGAAAUAUUAUAAACACAUAUCGAAGGCAAAGUCUACACCAUCCAAAUACGUCAGUAUUAUACUGGAUGCAAUCGAUCAAGAAAAAACAUCCAUUCCAAAGAUGUACGAAACACCCAAAUCAUUAGGAAACAUUUGGAAAGUGAAAAGUAACCUGAUGGGGGCAAUAGUACAUGGAUAUGGACUGUAUGGCUUCUUCGACAGUUUCCAGUGGAGUCAUGGUGCAGCUUAUACCAUUUCAAUCCUGGUACAAGUACUUUUGUUGUUGGACAACAUUCCAGACACGCUGUACAUACAGCUAGACAACUGCCCUGGUCAGAAGAAGAACAGGUACGUUCUUGGGUUUCUGGCUAAACUUGUAGAAGAAAACAUAUUUAAAAAAGUAAAACUAUCUUUCCUGAUGGUGGGCCAUACGCAUGAAGACAUCGAUCAGCUAUUUAGUCGGUAUGAUGAUCUUAUUUAUAGAGGUUCAAACUUGAGGAUAUUAUUAGUUACACUGCUUCGCUCUCGCCUGAUAUGGAUUUCCUCGACAGCGUAUAUCCCGUAUCUAUUCUGUCACCAACAAGCAGUGUAACGAUUUUAUCUUGCCGACUACCCUUUACUUACAUGCUAUACAGUAAUCAACACAUUUUGUAAAUUAACAAAGCUACUUGCAGUGCAGACUGGAAUCCUACAAAUUAUUUGUUUGGUCAUCACUAGUUGAUUUACACCAGUCAUAAAAUGCACAAUGACCCGUGUUUUGGUUAAAUCACAAAACACAAAAGCUCAUUUACACAGGUUAUGAACUGGUUUAGAUUAGAAACACUAAAAAUCUUCUUGUUCCAUCCCUUCGAAAGUUACCGGAUAUCACGAUGUCACAGAUGUCUUGAUACACGGCUUUCAUCCCGUUAAUUUAUAGUAUAACCUUUUAUUUCAGCGCAGAGAGGCAGAAAUAUUAUAAACACAUAUCAAAGGCAAAGUUUCUUCUUGCACGUAGAUUAAAUGAUCCUACAACAAACUGCUGAGCAACAAAUAUGUCAAUUCCUUUAUUUCACGAUGAUUUAACUAUUUAACUUCCAAAACAAGAUUUCAACGUCCGUCUAUUCCAUACAUAGUUAUUCCGCUUUUACGCCUAACUUUUGUCAAACUUCAUGAGCCUCAACUUAAGUAGAAUGAAAUCGGCAAGAAAACACUAAAUUUACUCUCGGAAACGAUACUAUCACUGGAGCUAACAAAUAAUCUGGCUUGAUUCAAUUAAGCCAGCAGUGUGGCAGCCAUUUUGUUUUAAUCAAAAUUCAUAUCUGAAAUAUACUAGCAGGGUAUGGAAUAUAUCCUGUCUCCACGUGACGUCUAUUGACCAAUAGAAAUGCAAGAAACUUGUAGGAGGCAAGAUAAAAACAAAUACAACGAUUAUGUCAUAAGAACGUAAGAUAUACCGCACGAAAAUGACUAGUUUUUAACUGUAAAUAAAUUUCAACAAAAACAAAAUACAAGAUGUGGGAUCAAAACUUAAUACAUAUGGCUACUGUAUGG